AUGCCACUGCACGAGACCUCAGGUCCAGUUGACCCGGCCUCUCUCCUCCAUGCCCCGGAGCAGUUCUUGAUCUUUUAUUCGUCGCGUGACGAGGAAGGCAAGCUUUGGUGUCCCGAUUGCAGGGAUGUCGAGCGCCUCAUUAGAGAUGAGUUCGAUAAAGACAGUGGCCCCACGGGCCUCAUCGUCUAUGUUGGCCAGAAACCCGAAUGGAAGACCCCAUCCAACCGGUUCCGAGGAGAUCCUUGGAAAAUACACUCGAUUCCUACGAUUAUCAAGAAACAUGAGGGCAAGGAGCUUGGUAGACUAGUGGAGGCUGAGAUAGAAGCAAAGCUGCCAGCUUUCAUUGGCCGACCUGCUGCAUAG